AUGAGCGGUGCCAGAGCCAUGAAAUCUAAUUUGCCCAAUCAAUCUACUAUUGGAGGUGCUGGUGGGACGCCGGUUUCACAAACAGGCAGAGAGGCGAACGGAGGAACAAUGGGACAGCAGACUAAUCCGAUUCCAACCACACAGCCCACUGAUUCGUACAUACCCAAAUAUUUGAGCGAUUUGGUGCCUGAACUGGGCCUGUACGAGAAAUUGAUAGAGUCUGAGAAGAGGAUUGACGUGUACUUAGCCAGAAAAAAGAUCGACCUUCGUCAAAGUGUCUCGCAAUGGAAUAACUCCAAGACGAGUCAGAAUGCUCAGAGCAAGAAGGACGUCAAGUAUCUUCGAGUGUACGUGUCGAACAUCGCAGAGGACCAGCCGUGGCAGAACCCGGAGAAGGAGUCUUCCGAUGGCACUUGGACUAUGAGAAUCGAGGGCAGAUUGCUGGACAAUAGGGAUGUGCAAGACCCUGAGAGGCCCAAGUUCAGCUCUUUCCUGCAAGCUAUCGCUGUUGACUUCAAGAAGCCAAAGACGCAAGAGAAUAACGAAGAUAAGAACGAGGAAAAAGGCAAUGAACAGGACGUAGCGAUGGCCGGUACGGAGGAGAACGAUGCCGAGAAUAUGCUCAAUAUAUCAAUGCCGCUCCAGCUACCAGGAGGUACCGGGGAUUUGAGCGCAAACGGGGACAGUUCGAGACAGCCCAAGGACGGAAAUCAGGGAAGCAACACAGAAAAAGCAGCUAGCGAUAUUGCAGAUGCGGUCGAAUGGCACUUCGAUCCAAAGAAUCCGGUUGAGUUUGACGGCUUAGACAUCAAGAGACCUGGAUCUGAAAACGUAGACUGUACGAUCACCAUCCAGCCACAGGGGCUGACGGGAGACGACCUUGAGUAUUCUCCCGACUUGGCAGCUUUGAUCGGUAUCUCGCAUGGCUCGCUACAUGAAGCGUUGUAUUCUCUUUACAAGUACAUUUUGAUGAACAAUCUGCUUAUCAACGACGUCUCCGAGACACAGGCCACCAUCAACAGCUCUUCAGAUAGCACCAAGGGCGAAAAGACAAUGGUUCAACUUGACGCCUAUCUUCAAAGAUUGCUUCCCAAAAAGCCACCCACCGAUGAGGAGCCCAAGACAACCAUACUGAAGCUGUCAGAAAUCCCGCCUCUCAUCAAUGCUCACAUAUCGCCUAUCCCACCCAUCAAGAUCGACUACACAAUACGAGUGGACAAAGCUUCAACCUACGGCGAACUAGUGUUCGAUCUUGAAGUUCCAGGUCACGACCCCCACUCCCCCGGCGGCAAGCCACGGGAUGAGCUAGCUGAAGAAGGCAUAAGCCUGCUUGCGGACUUCAACAAGCUUACCAGCGAGCUGCAAACCGAGCUACAAAAACUGGACGCUCGCACCAACGCGCUUCAAUUACAACUCAACGCAAGCUCCAAUAGGUACCAGUUCUACCAUAAGCUUUCACAGGACCCGGUUCGCUUUUUACAGGACUACAUGGCCUCGAUGGCUAAUGCUCUGAGGGUUUUGUCGGGAGACGAGCGCUUCAACGAAGAUAGCGUGAGACGGUCGCAAUUUUAUAAGGAGAACCAAGCCAUGCUAUUCGAGAACCUAGGAGUGCUGCUCGCCAAUGGCAGGAUGUGA